AUGGCCGACGUUCCUGGAGGCCACACGCCGUCGCCGCAGCCGGAUCUCAACCGGAACCGGCUUCCCUCGCUGUUCGAGGUGCUGAGCCGACGGACGCUCCCCCCAGUCGAUCUUUACUCGUUUUACAUCUACAUGCGUGACCAACAGCGCUCAGUUGAUUACCUUGACUUUUGGUAUGUCCCUGUGGCCCAUCCUUGUGGGCUGGAUGUUGCUCAGCACAUGACGCUUUGCCGUCACUAUGUCCGUGAACUGCGCCGGUCCGUCCUGGUCGUCACACCCGAUGGCGAGAAGUCGGCAUCCAAGCGCUCGUCCGCCAUCCUGGAAAACCUGGGCGACAUGACGCACCCUGUGGCAGGUCCGUCCAAAUAUCAGUCGGACAAGGAGAGGGACCAGGAUGCACAGAUGUCGGCGUUUCUGCGUGAAGAUUUGCAUCCUCAGGACUCGCCGGUCAGCGGGCCCGGCCAAAGCCCGAACCCGGCGAGCACGCCGCGCGACAUUACAGACUCCAACUCGCCGGCACAUGCCGUGGCACGCCAGGAUAUCCGCGCAUCGGCCGAGAAGAUUCUGUACACGUUCUUGUUGCCGGGCGCCGAGCGCGAGAUUAUUCUGCCGGGCAACAUCACUACGGAGAUCACGACCGCCAUCGAGGAGUACGGCCGCGACGACCCCGAGGUCUUUGACGUUGCUAAGGACUACGUCUUCCAGGCCAUGGAACGUGACGCCUUCCCAGGGUUCUUGCGGAUGAAGGCCCUCGGCAACCUGAUCCCGCCGACGCUCAUUUUGCGGCUGAUUAUCGGCAUGAUCUCCAUGUUCGGUGCUUUCUGGACGGCCUUUGUGCUCAUUUUCCUCGACGAGUCUCGGAGGACACGCCUGUUCCUCAUCCUGCCUUUCACCUUUGGCGUCUACUUUUUGGCCUCAUUCCAGUACUCACUGGACCCGGUGCUGGCGUUGCUCGGGUUCAGCGAGUACACACCCUUCCACUUUUCGCGUGUGCGUGAACCGUUUGUGCGGCGUCUGCUGGCCAAGCGGGCGCUUGUAGUCCUCGCUGUGACGGUGCUGGUCGAUGCAGCGCUGCUGGUGUUGUUCAUCUUGGUGCCUGGCCGGCGUCUGUGA